UUUAACCUCGGAAGCAUUGGCUUUAUAAAUACAAGCCCCUGAAAUCACACUCCUUUCUAAAUCUCCGUACAGCCGCCGUAUGUUAUAAUAAUACUCUUUCUUUUUCCCUUUUUCAUUUUCUCUCUCUAAUAAGAACAGAGACAGAGAAAGAGAGAGAGAAAUCAUUAUCUAAAAUUCUGAAUCAUUCAUCAUCAUCAUCAUCAUGAGAACGAGCUGUAAUGGUUGCAGGGUUUUACGAAAAGGGUGCAGCGAUGAUUGUGCCAUUAGGCCUUGCCUUCAGUGGAUCAAAUCUCCCGAUUCUCAAGCACAAGCCACUCUUUUCCUCGCCAAAUUCUACGGCCGUACGGGUCUUCUUAAUCUCAUUAAUGCUGGUCCUCAAUAUCUCCGCCCCGCUGUGUUUAAAUCGCUGUUGUACGAAGCGUGUGGGAGAAUCGUGAACCCAAUAAACGGCUCAGUGGGACUUUUUUGGAGUGGCGACUGGGCUAAAUGCCAAGCCGCAGUCGAAGCCGUUUUAGCUGGAGCCCCGAUCCAGGUCGAAACUGAGGAACACGCGCUCGAUCACUCUAAUAACCUGUUUACUAAGCUCAAGUCAUCCGUCGUGGACAUACGCCACGUCAUCAAAGACGACGUCGUUUCUGAUUCUGACCCGAAACGAAACAGGUUUAAGAGAACCGCUUCUUCCGGGCAGAAAAGCUUGCUUAAUAACGGGUCGAAUUUGGGUGAUUUGACCCGGUAUUUGAACCCGAGUCACGAGUACUGGUGGCCGCGUAAUGGUGGGCCCACCAGCGCUGUAGGAGAAGACGUUGAAAGCAUGUUUUCUGUUGAAACUGUUGAGCCUUCGUUAGCCAAGCCAGAACCGAAUCCACGUGGCGAGCUACGAUUGGAGUUGAGUCUCGGUUUUGCUUGAAUUGUUUAGAAACCAAUGCAGGCUAUUAUUAUAAUAUAAUAUAUAGUAGUUUUGGUAUGGCUCACAGAAUUGAUAUAUGAUCAAGCUUAAUAAUAGUUUUGGUCUUUAUUAA